CUGUCUGCCUUUGCAUUUUUUUUUUACAGUUGCAGUCUUUUUUGUAACGAGACCAAACCCUAAAAUGCUACUGAUGUAGAAAUCAAGUUAAAAGUUACAAUCUUUUUACUGGGUUUGGUAAAAGAAUCCUCAAUGGAAAAAACAGUGUUUGCAAACAAAAUAAUAACAAUAUGAGGCUUUUCCUAGCUUCUUCUAUACAAUCCAGAGCUUCAUUUGGUGUUGUUACUGAAAACCUUUCUUCCCAUCUUUUAGUUUCAGCUAAAAGGGUCAGCUUUAGCCACUCAAAAUCUCUUUCAGCCAGUGUGUGGCUUUUGUAGGACUUUGGGACCAAACAAAGCCGCCUUUAACAGCAUCAUUUUCUUGGCAAUGACUAAUGCCUACAUAAGUAGAUAUCACAGUUUUCAUCAUAAAGCAGGAAGACCAUUAUUCACGGGGCGAACGUAUGAAGGUGGACCUGUCAGAACCAUAUCCACCUAUGCUGCAGAGUUGGUCUCUCCAACUGCCUCUCUCAUUGUCCGUCCACCCUCAUCACUAGUGUUGGCAGCCUGCGCUACCCAGUCUAAUGCACCACAACGGUCAGAGGAAUGGUUUGCACUGAGGAGGGAGAAACUGACUGCAAGCACAUUCAAUACUGCCUUGGGUUUUUGGAAAGGAAACCGUCGCCCUGAGCUCUGGAGUGAGAAGGUAUUUGCAUCAGAGACACAGAUUAUAGGAACCUCCAAAAGAGCCAUGGAAUGGGGUGUACUCAAUGAAGCAGCAGCUGUAGACAGUUAUAAGAGCAUCACAGGUCGUGAAGUUAGCCAUUUGGGAUUCGCGGUCCAUUCUGCCGAGCAACUUGAGUGGCUUGGUGCUUCCCCGGAUGGUCUUCUUGGUUGCUUUCCUGAAGGUGGCAUCCUGGAAGUUAAGUGCCCCUACAACAAGGGGAAGCCAGAAGUGGGUCUGCCCUGGUCAACUAUGCCUUUUUAUUACAUGCCUCAAGUGCAGGGGCAAUUGGAAAUAAUGAAUAGAGAAUGGGCGGAUUUGUAUUGCUGGACACCAAAUGGAAGCACAAUAUUUCGUGUAUAUAGAGACCGUGGUUAUUGGGAGCUAAUACAAGGGAUUUUGCAGGAAUUUUGGUGGGAAAAUGUCAUACCUGCCAGGGAAGCUCUGUUGCUUGGGAAGGAAGAAGAGGCAAAAGCAUAUAAGCCAACAUCCACUCACAGACAGACAGGACUUGUCAUAUUCAAGAGUGUGAAAUUAGCUAGUGACUCCAAGCUGUUAUGUAGGGAAAUUGCUGGUCAUAUUGAAUUUUAUAGGUGAUAAAGUCCAAAAUGGUUUAUGCCACUCUUAGUAAGCUGCUUGACCUUCUGAGGAGGUGCAGGAUCAAGUAUCUAGAAUCCAUUUCUAUAAAAGGGAGAUCUGAGAAUAGCAGCGGACAAUGAAAGAUUAAGGCAUCACUGUGAGACAGCUUGGUAAGUGAUGGAGCAGAAAUAUCAUUCAGGUUCUCCAAUCUAUUGGAGAGACCAUUUAGCUCCCUCUUUUUGAAUGCCAUUGAUAUUUUCAUUCAUCAUUAAUCAUUAAAUGUAAUUGUGUAUUUAUAAUCUUAAUAACCUGUUCCAUAAUGUACUUCACUGUUGGUUAUUUCUUACAUGAAUUAAGAAUCGCAUUCUAUGUUCUUGCA